AUGUUCCUCGGACCCGGCGGCUCUCCCAAGAGUCCGAAAGCAAAGGCCUGUCCAAGACAAAUCCUCUCUCGGCCAAAAGGGCAUGUGCACAUGCUUACCUUUCUGGGCUGGGCAGCAGCAGCAGCAGCAGCAGCAGCAGCAUCACAACCACCACCAACACCACCCCCCCCUCCUCAAGAUACAUUCACCCCUCCCUCCUUCUUCCAAGGUGUUCAGCUGGCGAGAGAAACUUUUACAGAUCCUGGAGGAGCUGUGAGACGCCGUGGCAGCAGCGAAGCUGCUUGGCCUGUCCAGUAA